AUGACUUCUGUUCCCUUGCCGCCAGAAGCGAAUGUUUUCGUGCCCACAUCCUUCGGUUUGCCCCUUCCCAAUCCGUCAACUGCAGAUGAGCUUGGAAUUGAUCUCUGCUUCCUACCGCCACGCCUGACACGGGAUGGAGACACAGUUGGGAUACCUUUCGAUACCAAAAAACCUACAUGCUCCAUAAGUCUACUUUGCCACAGGAACGGAUUCUUGCAAAAAUACCAAAUUCAUGUAAUAAGCAAAGAUCGAUGCGCUGGGCUGGAUCAAUUUGAUAGCUUGGUCACAAGCAAUAAGAGACUUAUCAAGACAGAUGUCCAAUUUUUUAAGACCGUCAAGAGGACUUACGAGAGAGAGAUGUAUGGCAUUUGGAGAAGUUUGUUCUCUCUCAAGGCACUGAGAGAAAUCAGACUUGUAUCGUUCACGCCCCUUGAUCAUCGUCCCGUGCCAGCUUUUCUUCCCCAAUAUAUCAAGCAGGAUAUUCUUUUUGCGUAUAGGCAUCCUGAAAAGCUUCACUCAACUGACAAGUGGAUUCUGUGGGUCUACAAUCUACGGCAGCCGGACCGGCGGUAUGCUCUAGAAUUUAUGGAAAGCUGGAGUGCUCUCAAAAUAUCGAUUGCCGUCUCAAUUCUAUUGGUGUCCUCGACUGCACUAGGAGUUGCUUGGGCAGUCGUCAAAGAUGACGUACAAACGGCAUUUACGGUAGCUUCUUUUGUCCUCGCUGCAGGCUCACUACUAUUGGCAGCUCUAGCUAUAGUCAAUAGCAUCGAAUCAUCAACUAGUGAUGAGAGUGGUCAAAGGCAGCCGCUGCAAAUUACGAAUAUUGAUGAAGACCCAGCGAAUGAAAGGGCUUAUCCAUGCGGCUUCCCUGGAUGCAAUAAGACCUUCAGCAUGCCCGAGUACAGCAGGUAUCAUAGGGCUAAUGAACAUGGGCUCAAUUCCACCAUAGAAGGCCCGCAUGUGACUGAACCCAAAGAUACUAGACCAGAGCUUGAAUGA